CCUCAGUAACCCGAAGAAGACGGUGUCCCACCAGGCAAAUCGCAGCCGCCAGCCAUCCCGACCAUCAAGAUGGCGCGACCCAAAUUUGAGUCAAAGCUCACUGCCUUUCUUCACGACAUACCCGAAGCCAUACUGCGUUCUGUUGCGGAAGGGCAAGAAUGCCCUGAAAAUGACGAACAGACCGAAAUGCGUAUCUGUGCCCUCUACCUCAUCUUCGAGAAGUCAGCCUCGAAACAACACUUGGAGCGAGCCAUCCAUUGGACUGAGGGAUGGAUUGCGGCAUCAUUUUUGCAUCAUCCGGACCGCGACAGGCGAUUCGACAUUCUAGGCAUGCUUUUGGCCCGGAUGUGCCAGUGUGAGCACUUGGAAGAAGUCGUCUCUCCUGCGCCAUUAGGGCAGCUGAUGGAUCAUGAAUCGCCGUCUGAUGACAUGGGCUUUCGCAGAAAGCUUUUCAUAGAUCGAGUAGCCAAGCUGUUGUUUGAUUACAUGCAGUACAACCACAUUGAGGACUAUGACAAGGCCAUUGGAAUCGUGGCACAGCUAGUGCAUGAGAACAAUCGCUACAACGAGCCUGAACUGUGGAACGACCUUGUGGUGAUGUUCCAGAGGCAAUUUCAUCGAACGGGCGUAAUGGAGGGUAUAGCUCGUGCCAUCGACGCUCCGACCCAAGCAGUGGAUGUCACACGUCAGUGCGACCCGAAUCUCGAUGGCUACCUAAACAUUCUCGGCCAAAAAUUCGGCAAACGAUUCGAGACGACGGGCGCAGUGGAGGAUCUAGAUCGAGCCGUCGAUGCUACGUUGAUAAAUUACUUGAAUAACCUGGGAGCAUGGCUUGCGAUCCGUUUUGACGAGACGGGUGCAAUGGAGGACUUGAAUUGCACAAUCAAUCUUGCGAGCAGCACGGUGGACUUGAUACCUCAAGAUCAUCCCCAACGCGCAAAAUGCUUAAACACCCUCCAUUGCAGUCUUAAUAGACGAUACAAUAGAACAGUCUCAAAAGAAGACCUGGAUCGUGCAGUUGAUGCUGCUUCCAAAGCGGUGGAUGCGGCAUCCGAUGAUACCACAGGUUUUGCUCACUUCUCGGACAACCUUAGCGUCGCUUUAGCGCUACGAUCCCAAAGGAUGGGAGUCAUGGAAGACCUGGAUCAUGCCAUCGUCGCUUCAACUGGAGCGGUGCGCGCAACACCCGAGGACGAUCCCCAGCUCAAGGAUCGAUUCAAGAGUACAGGCGUAAUGGAGGACCUAGAUCGUGCCGUCGAUGCUACGAAGGAAUCGGUAGCUAUCACGCCUCCAGAUAAUACUUACCUCCCUACGUUCCUCAGCAACUACGGAGAUACGCUAGGCCUACGAUUCGAAAGGACAGGUGCAUUAGACGAUCUACAGGAUGCUAUCGAAAACAUGACCAACGCUGCAAAUGCCUCACCUCAGGGUGGUUACAUUCCCGGUAGCUAUUUAAAUGCCCUAGGACUCUUGCUUGGCAAGCAGUUCGAGAAGACGGGUGCCCAAGACGAUAUCGAUCAUGCAAUCAAAGUCAUAACCAAAGCGGUAGACAUGACACCCCCUGACCACCCCGACCGCGCUAUCUACAUGAAUAAUCUCGGAAAUCAGUUUGGUAGGCGAUUCGAAAAGACGGGCUCCAUGGAGGAUUUGGAUCGUGGUGUUGAGAAUGUCGGUUGGGCAGUGGGCACAAUACCUGAUGAUCAUCCUAGUUGCCCUUCUUUGUUCAACAACCUCGGGAACUGGCUCGGCAAGCGAUUCGAGAGAGCGAAUGCAGAGAUCGAUUUGGAUCAGCAGCUUAUUGCGUAUACUGCGGCAUUGUAUUGCAAAGCUACUCCUCCGUCCAUUUGGAUCCGGUCUGCUGGGUCUGCUGCCAAUGUGAUUGCGCUGGACGAACUGUGGGAGAGUGCCAGUUUGCUGCUGGAAAAGGCCGUGAACCUUCUUCCGAAAAUGAGCCCACGAUAUAAGACACACACGGACCAGCAAGAUUUACUCGCUCGGCUGUAUGCCAUGGCCUCGAUGGCCGCUGCCACGGCUCUCAGCGCAAACAAAGGACCGUACAAUGCCUUGCGGCUUCUUGAAUCAGGCCGUGGUUUGAUUCCAGGUUUCCUCAUGGAUAUACGCAACGACGUCUCGGAUCUUGAGCAGGCGUACCCUGACCUGGCAAAAAGAUUUGUCUCGCUCCGGGAUGAACUCGACCGGCCCGUGGACGAUGGCCCUCGUACCACCUCGUCAGCGAUUGAAUCGUUAAACUGGGAACUACGACGAGAGCGAUAUUACGCAGUGGAUCAGGAAUUGAAUGAGCUUAUUGAAACGAUCCGCACAAAGCCCGAUUUCCAAUCCUUUCUGCAGUCGCCCACCGAGGCGGAGCUGAUAGCAGCGGCGAGUCCAGAUCCCAUCAUUGUCGUCAACAUGAGCUUCUACCGAUGCGACGCAGCUGCCUUGUCACAAAAGAAAGCCGAGGAAUGGGCUGCCAAUGUUUUGUCGGCGUCUGAUGAUCUGACGCCUCUGCUGGAAUGGCUCUGGCACGCUAUCUGCCGCCCCUGUUUGAACGCUCUUCAAUUGACGUCCGCAGUGUCAGAUGACAAUUGGCCUCACGUCUGGUGGAUUCCCACCGGCGUACUUAGUCAGAUGCCGCUUCAUGCAGCUGGGUACCACGGCCAGGGGUCGACAGAGACAGUCCUGGAUAGGACCAUGUCAUCGUACGCGGUGUCCAUCAAGUCAUUGCUUCAUGGACGUCGACAAGAUGAAAACUUAAUGGGAAAGUCCCCGAUACCGUCUGCCCUUCUGGUUGCCAUGCAAGAAACACCAUGGAGUAGACCACUCCCGUACGCUGGCGAUGAAGUGGAUAUGUUGAGAAACCUGUGUCCUCCGAUCGGGCUAGAUCCAAUCACGCCACGUCCAUUGAAAGGCGACGUUCUUGAGCGCCUACAAAGGUGGACAGUGUUUCAUUUCGCAGGUAACGCACUGUCAAACCCAAGGGAACCUUCACGGAGCUUCUUACUCCUCAGGGACUGGGAGCUCAACCCGCUGACUGUGCAAAAUCUCUGCCAGAGCCAAAUGCAAGAGAACCGCCCUUCCUUUGCGUAUCUCUCUGCCUGCUCGACAGUGUCAAACAAAAACCUGAGACUCUCUGGCGAAGGAAUCCAUCUAGUCAGUGCGUUCCAGCUGAUGGGUUUUCGACAUGUUGUUGGGACACUUUGGAAUGUAUCGGAUGAGCACCGUGUUGAAGUAGCGAGGGUGUUUUACGAAACGCUAUUUGACGAGUGCAUUACCGGUAUGACUGUUUGUCGAGCACUCCAUCGAACUCUCCGGACGCUACGUGAUGGGUACACAAGGAAUCCCGAGCAAUUGGGUUCGGAGGCGCAGCGGCAAGGACCUGUGAGCACGCACUGGAUCCCCUACGGUGGUCCGGACAAGGUUAAAAGGGACGGCCGGAGCCGUAUGGAGGGAGGGACAUCAGUUUUUAAUUCUUCAAAGAUUCUUCCUGAGAGUCAAAGAGACCGGAAGAACUGGGGAUCCACCCGUAAGGUUCGCUCAUCAAAGGCCGACAACGCUCGGAUAAGACGGCACCAACUUGAUAGCCACCCUCCCUAA